GGGCAGACUUAGAGGAGACCCCCGGCCCCGCGUCACACACAAACACACAGACGCCAGGAGCAGAGCCAGGCUGAGAGUGAUGGUUGAACACAGGUGAACAGAGAGGUGGCCAGCUGAGCCCUUGGAGUGAGGACAGCCCUGGAUGUCGUUUGUGUUGCCUGGCGCAGGCUGGAGCACCACGGAUGCUCUCUGAUGGUGCGUCCAGGGUGCACGCCCAUCAUGUGGCCACCCUCAGAAGGAGGGGCUCCAGGGACCUGGAAGAACUGGAGAAAGGCUUCAUUCUUUCUGAGACCUCAGCCCACUCCGGGCCUGGAGAAGCAGGAGGCCUGGCCGGCCACGAGGCAGCAAGAGGCAUACAAAAAUGUGUGUCUGGACCUGAGCAACUGCACCUCCACAGAAGAGGUGGGGAGGUGGGCUGAGGGUCCAGGGGUCCAGAGAGACUAGAGGAGUGGUACCAGGGAGCUCGAGGUCCCGGCUGAGGGUGACCACCCUGCUGGGAGGCUGGGGUCUUUCCAGCGGGGUUGUGCCCGAGCCGACAUCUGUCCAGACAGGGAGAAGGUGAAGGUGAGGGCAGCCCCCUGGGGACCGAGGAGCCCUGCUGGAGGCACCGCUGAGCAGGGCGCCAGAGAGCCAGGACCCGUUCCUAUUCCCUGGUGGGAUUAUGUCUAUGCAGGGCCCCCAGAGGAGACUACUGGGCUCCUUCAACUCCACCUCCCCAGCCACCCCUCACCACAGGCUGGCUGCCAACCAGACGGGGCCCCAGUGCCUGGAGAUGUCCGUUCCGGAUGGGCUCUUUCUCAGCCUGGGGCUGGUGAGCGCGGUGGAGAACGUGCUGGUGGUGGCUGCCAUUGCCAAGAACCGCAACCUGCACUCACCCAUGUAUUACUUUAUCUGCUGCCUGGCUGUGUCUGACCUGCUGGUGAGUGUGAGCAACGUGCUGGAGACGGCUGUCAUACUGCUGCUGGAGGCAGGCGCCCUGGCCACCCGGGCUGCUGUGGUGCAGCAGCUGGACGACCUCAUCGACGUGCUCAUCUGUGGCGCUAUGGUCUCGAGCCUCUGCUUCCUGGGCGCCAUUGCUGUGGACCGCUACAUCUCCAUCUUCUAUGCACUGCGAUACCACAGCAUCGUCACUCUGCCCCGGGCAUGGCGGGCCAUCUCAGCUAUCUGGGUGGCUAGUGUCCUCUCCAGCACGCUCUUCAUCGCCUACUACAAUCACACGGCCGUCCUACUUUGUCUUGUCAGCUUCUUUGUAGCCAUAUUGGUGCUCAUGGCUGUGCUGUAUGUCCACAUGCUUGCCCGGGCAUGCCAGCAUGCCCGGGGCAUUGCCCGGCUCCAUAAGAGGCAGCGCCCCAUCCACCAGGGCUUUGGCCUCAAGGGCGCCGCCACGCUCACCAUCCUGCUGGGCAUUUUCUUUCUCUGCUGGGGCCCCUUCUUUCUGCACCUCUCACUCAUGGUCCUCUGCCCUCAACACCCCGUCUGUGGCUGUGUCUUCAAGAACUUUAACCUCUUCCUCACCCUCAUCAUCUGCAACUCCAUCAUUGACCCCCUCAUCUACGCCUUCCGCAGCCAGGAACUCCGAAAGACGCUCCAAGAGGUACUGCUAUGCUCAUGGUGAGGCUGCAGGCUCAAGGCCAGGGUGCUGGGCAGAGGGAGGUGGUGAUAUCCUGUGACCUGAAUUCUCUGGACGGGAGCAGUCACUUGCCAAGGGGCAGAUGAGAUGAUCUUUGGAGGUGUGAAUGCAUGGACCCUCUGGGGCCAGAGAAAGGCGCAGAUCUCCAGGAGUUGCUGUGGAGAUUGGAGAUGGUGGGGCUGCGGGCACUAGAGGUGGGUCCUGGGCCCCUGGAAAGAGACCCUGCCCGCUCCUGGAGCACUCCACUCCACCCAGGCACCAGGCAAGGACGCCCACCUUUGCUGCCACGUCUAUGGAUUUGUGCCCCUGCCUGUUGGGAUGUGAAAUCUCUGUGUUGGUCAAAUGACAAGUGCCGCUCCCCAGGAAGGCCUCGGGAAAAGGGACUUUGUGACCAGCAAGACCUGUCUUCACAGGCCUGCUUCAGGCAGAAGUGAGCUGCUGUUUCAAGCAGAGGGACCAUGUCUGCAGCAGCUACAGUGGAGGGUGGGGCUGAUCUAAGGCUCAGUG